AUUAAGGAAAAAAUCAUGUUCUAUAUCUUACGGUUUACAGAUAUUUGUCUGUAAAAUAGCCGACGUCAAGUUGUCGUCUUUCAUCUGUAAUACCUUACAGGAAGUCACCCAAUCAUGCAUGGAUUGAUACCCGCGGCUGCAUCCAUCAAAAGGGAGCAGAAUGAACAGAUGCAUAUGCCCUCAACUUCACGAUGAUCCUCUUACUUUGCACUGUCCUCUUCUGCGUUCCAUUUGUUCGCGCCUCACUGCCAGGUCUCAACGAUACCCAUAUCCUUGCACUCGAUGCCAUCGACUCUCCAUCCUGCAACACUAGGUCCUUGUGGGACAUUCUCUCGAGCUGUGGCUUAACUAUGUUUGCGUGCACAUGGACUGCCAUACAUCCGAACAUUCCGGGUGUUGACGAUUGGGUCAUUCUAGUUACCGUUCGUCGUUUAUGCCUCAUGGUUAUGGCGGUGUCCGCCCCUGAAGUCGUGGUCGCCUUCGCCACAUUGGAGUUUUUGAGUGCUCGUCAUGCUGCAAAGAAAUUCGGUGAUGCCUUUGGUGUGCAACGAGCCCAGCCCCGCAGCUACUGCCGAGCCAUACCGCAGAAGCUGGUAGUUAUGUUACGUGGCAAAAGCAGAAGUUUAAGCGAUGGGUGGACACUGACGCACGGCUUCUUCGCAUGUAUGGGUGGAUUCGUGCUCUACGUCGAUGGUGAGCCACGGGCCACUCUUACACCCAAUGAGCUCCUGCGGUUUGUUCGUGAGGGAUCUGUGAAGAUGCCUGACAUCACGGAGGCGGACAUAGAAGAUCGAAGCAAGGGUGAUAUGCUAUCGAAAUGCAUCGCCAUUCUUCAGCUGGUGUGGUUUGUCAUCCAGCUCAUCGCUCGUUACGCCCAAAACCUCCCCGUAACAUUGCUUGAACUCGAUACCCUGGGUAUAGCUGCUUUGGCCUGCAUUUCCUAUGGCUUUUGGUUGAAUAAGCCUAAGGACAUAGGACGUCCUUAUAUUGUUCAUUGGGACUCGGAGGCAACCGCUCCUCCACCUGGUGACAGCUUAGCCAACAAGUACUAUUCACAUGAACACCAAUCGCUGAAACAGCUUCUAGUUGGCCCCGGUCAGCCUAUAGACUCUGGCUCUACAGCCUCUGGAUUGACUGCGAUCUUAUCUAUCACCACAUGUGUUAGUGGAAUGGUGUUUGGACUGAUACAUUGUCUGGGCUGGAAUUUCGUGUUUCCGAGACACACAGAGCAGACGUUAUGGCGUGUGGCUUCCUCUGGGAUGGCAUGUUCACCGCUAUUUCUUUUUUUCAUCGGUACUAUGAUGAUUUUGUGGGACAGACUAUCAUUGGAGUACCACAUAUUGAUAUCGGACGAAGUCCCAUCCCGUCUACAAAACAUUCAAGCUAUUUUGGCACCAAUUUUUGCCUUCCUCUUCAUCCUCGGCAUGUGUCUUUACAUUUUUUCACGUGUUACAAUAAUUGUACUUAUGUUCUUGAGCUUACGAUCACUUCCUGCUGGCGCAUACGAUACAGUAGCUUGGACCAAGUAUAUUCCACAUAUAAAUUUGUAGUUUCAUUACAUCGCUG